GAAUGUGACCAGUGCAGAAGAUCUCAGAAAAACCGGGCUUUUUGUUACUUCUGCAAUUCACUGCAGCGGUUGCCAUUAUGUGCACAAUGUGGAAAAAUAAAGUGCAUGUCCAAGGGCGGUGAUUGCGCCGUACGCCAUGCUACCCAGUACGCCACAGGGCUCGGCAUGGUGGGUGCCAUAUGUGACUUCUGCGAGGCCUGGAUUUGUCACAGCAAAAGGUGCUUGCAGACCCACCCGUGCACGUGUCCCCUGGCAGAUGCCAUAUGCUAUGAGUGCAAGAGAGGAGUGUGGGAACACGGUGGAAGGAUUUUCACCUGCAGUUUCUGUAACAGUUUCUUGUGCGAGGAUGAUCAGUUUGAACAUCAAGCAAGUUGCCAGGUGCUGGAUCAAGAAAACUAUAAAUGUCUUUCAUGUAAUAAACUUGGGCAAUAUUCCUGCUUAAAGUGCAAGCAAUGCUACUGUGAUGACCAUGUCCGCCGCAAGGGGUUCAAGUACACCAAAGGUCAGGCCUUCCCAUGUCCCAAGUGUGGCAUGGACACGCAGGAAGUCAAAGAACUCAGCAUGUCCACUCGUGGUUACAAAUAUGGCCGUCAGCAGAUGGCAGAAGCCGGUUAUGACGAUGAUGAUGAUGAUGAUGACGGCUACUAUGGAGCCAGUGGGGGUGGAACUUUCACCUUCGGGGGGUUCACGUUGGGAGGUGGUGUCGCACGACGUGCGGAUGAUGAUGAUGAUGAAGAUGAUGAUGAGGACUCCGAUGAAGAUGAUGAGGACGAGGAGGAAGAUGAAGAAGAAGAAGAAGUUGAAAAAGAUGGUGGUGCAGCAAAAAAAUUAGAAAAACUUAAGGUGUAAUAGUUGAAAGUAAUUUAUUAAUAUUAAAAAAAGCUAUUGAUGGCAUUUCUAUUAUUAUUGAAAGUAUGAUGAAAGGGUUGGUUAUUUAGUGGAUUUGUAAAUAAAGCAGUACUUCACAAAUCA